GUUUGAUUUAUGAGGGGGGACGGGGCGCUGCUCGAAGGCGUUCUUCAGGCGUCGAUUUUUAGGUAGUGGAGGGCACUGCUUCAGCUAUGUUUUGCUACAAAAAAUGCAUGAAAAUGAACAACAGGGUAAUUCAUCAGUGAUUAGAGUCUAAUAAUUAUAUGCUGGAUCCACUUCGGUUUUUACAGUAAGUGAAUUACUUAGAAUUUUUUAAAAGUGGAAUGCCACAGAAAUUAAAUGAUCGGCAUCGUGCCUGUAGUGUGCAUGUGCCUGUAGUUGUUGUCUUUUGAUUUCAUGGUAGUAGAGGAAGUUGGUUAUCCUUCGUUAUUUCUUUUUACUACUUGAGGUCGGGGGCGAAGUCCCUUUAGUACAUGCAAGUAACAAAUUUAAGAUAAGUAACAACUACGCUGCUCUUUACACCACGUUCGUGGACCCCAGAAGGUGGGACACUAACAUGAGCUCCUUGUGCGGGGGAGAACAAGAACACAUUACGGUCAAGACAUAGUUUCUGCAAGAUUUUUCUCGUGGUUUUAGCACGGCUCCCGACACGACUACAAGCUUCUUCUUGGUCGUUUCCCAAAAAAGAAGACCUCGAAGAUGUCAGGGGAAGCCGUACGUUUUUCGACUCGGCUGUCUCCGCGACAGGAGAGCUUCUUACAGGCGUCAGGAAGCGAAGGGACGAGUACUGCUCUGUCUCCGCGACAGGAGAACUUGCGGUCUAACAAAUAUGCACAUCAGAACAAGAAAACGAACUACUCAGGACUUGUUGUAUUACCGUCUGCAUCAACAUCAUCUUCAAAUAGGACACGGCAGAUGCACAACAGUGCAGCGUUUCUAGAAGGACAAGCACCCCCACCAGGACUCGAGCCGGAACGCGCAUCGCCGGCUUUUAAUACGGGAGCUGCAGCUGGUGAAAUACGAAGUUCAAGUUCUUCUAGUCCAACGCCUGCGCCAUCUUCCAGUAGUACAACUAGUACUACAUUUUCAGCUUCUAGUACGACAGGAGGUGCAACAGCUUCAUUGAGCAGUGCUGCAAGUCGUGGAACUUCUGGUGGAACAACAGAUUUUAGUACACGAAGAUUAUUGUUAGAAGGAGAGGAUCAUGACUCAUCGUCGGGAGGUCCUCAGAACAUUGAUGACCUACUGCUGGACCACGCUCGACGCAGGUUGCUAGGCAGACAGCACCAGUACGAGCAUGGGGCCGAGGAGGAAAAAGGUGGGAGUGAAUUAGAACAGCAAUUUUUAGAUGAUGGACUCAAUGGCCAAGAAGAUGAAGGUAAUUCAUCAUUUUACAACACGAACACCGAUUUCGAGCACAACUAUGCACCAGAUCAUGGGGAGCCAGGACAAUUUCUUGCACGUGGGCUGGAUCACGACCAUCUUAAUAGUGCAGCAUCAUCUGCAGUCGAGCAGGACAUGAUCGAAGAUCUUCACCUGGAUGAGGAUGAAGAUGGGGACCAUAACGAAGAGGAUCUAGACGACGCUGAUGAGCAUGUUCUUGGGCACCAAGACCACGACCAGUUGUAUACGGAAAAUGCAGUAGGAGUAGAAGUCGAGGAGGAAGAGGGCGAAGUUUUUUUUCAUCCUAGUAGAGCUAAAGGAGGAACUGAGUACGAUUUGGAGGAGGAUGACGACUUGGACGCCGCAGUGGCUGAUGAACAUGCGCCUCUUGGGACGAGAUACAACAAUCAGCAUGGUGGAGGACAGCAGGAAAGUCCAGAGGACGGAGGACAAGAGAGCCCAGACGAAGAUGAUCAGGAACCUUAUGGACGAUGUAAGAUCGGUAUACUCCUUUUUCUACAGCACAAGAAGAUAUUACAUGAAAUUUCAAUUUCUCGUAAACUAGUCCUUCUAGGUCACUUCUAGUUACCUACUUAGUCAUCUCCCGCGGCUAGUUCUAGUACUAAAGAAUUCUUUUCCCACUUUCAUGUCACAGAGCAAGAAGAUGAGGAGGUUGAGGCGAAGAGGCGGCUUGUUGCUGGCAUGCUAGAGCGGUACGAGGAUGAUGAAGAGCUAGAAGAUCUAGUUGGUGCCUUAGAGGGAAGAGGAACGGGUGCCGAAUUAGAAGAACAAUAUCAUUAUGGCAACAUCAUGAAAAAUGGCAACGCGAAGUCUUCCGAUCACUGAGACAAGGUAUAAUAGUUUUCCUACUACAAAAAUGCAGCUGAGUCUAUGUCGUAUAAUUUUUUUGAAGUAGUACCGUCGACUACUACUCCUAUCUACUUCUUCUAAGUACGCUUUUUAGCAAGAACUCUACUUCUUGAAUACUCUUUCUUGUUCUCGUCUAACACCCCAUGGAGCAUCAGGAGGAUCCCGAUGAGGAGGAUGUUGGCCUCCGACACGAUGUGCACGAGGAUGAAGCAGAAGAGAUGCGAGGCACGUUAUAUGGACGAGGCGCGUCUUCAUCGCAAGGGAUGUUCAGACACCUGGGUCUCCCACCAAGGAAUCUUCAGGUACUGGUUGUAUCUAUUGUGAAGUUGUAGAUGAGAAACAAUCUAUUUCAGUAUUUUUUAGAUAGAAGGAAGUACAAUUGGAAUUGGAAUUGGAAUGGAUGGAUGGAUGGAUGGAUGGAUUGCUAUGCUAUGCUAUGCUAUGCUAUGCUAUGCUAUGCUAUUUAAUUACCUGCGAGCAGUACGGAACCUCCACGAACAACUCAGCACACGAUGCCGACAUCAAAUUGGUCGUCCUCUUUCGGCAAGCGGCCCCCUGGGUUCCCGAACUCGAUAAACCGACUUCGUGAACAGGCUUUCGAUCUUGAAGCGAUGCUAGAAGGAGGUUCUUUUUCGACUUCGUUAGUUCGUACUACUUAUUCGAAAACUCAAAAUAACCGAGUUACUAACUGAAAUAAGGGAGGCAGCUUAACGUCAAGGCUGCCCUUCCUUCUCAUCAGUAUCUCGGUUAUUCUGAUCAGUUACACUUGCUUAUUUCAGUUUUUCGAAUACCUUCUCCCCUCAUUUUCUUUCUGGUUUUGAGUACUGGAGGAAAUAAUCUGCUGAGUUUCACUAAAAGGUGGUCUAGAAAUGACCGACUAGUACUUUUCCAUUGAUAAUUCAAUAAAUACUAAAUUCAUCUUCACGAUAAUUCAUUAAAAUUUAAGCAACCGGUUCGUUUUUACCUCUAGGUCUAGCGUGUAGCCCUUGCAACAAACUAAAUAUUAAAUUUAUCGUCAGUAAAAAAUCAGCUCCUCCACCACGCGGCUGGAAGCCUAUGCCGGAUAAUGAUCCUAGCCCAGUAGCGGGUCUAGACUUGACAACCUUGCCACCAAUGCCGUCUUAUAAGGAUUGGAAGGAUCGUCGAAAUCGAAUGGGAGAGAGGUAUAAUUACGAAAAGGGAUACGUCUACCAUGAUGACUAUGAGUAAUGAAUUGCUAAACUGAACUUUUAAGUAGAAGACGAUAAACAGCAGAAAAGAUGUGAAGAUACUUAAUGUUCAUAAACACCCAAGAACUACAACCUCUUUCUACUCGGGUCGCUACGGAACCAGGCAGCUUCGAGUGAGUUGCUACGUGGUUCGAAUGAAUGAACUACCACCUUUUUACACAAUACAAGGACAAGGACACGAUGAACACAAUACAAGGACAGCACACUCAUCCUCUUUCUCCUUUUCCCUCCUCCACCAGGCGAACAGCUGAAUGAAUGAACACAAUACAAGGACAGCACACUCAUCCUCUUUCUCCUUUUCCCUCCUCCACCAGGCGAACAGCUGAAUGAAUGAACACAAUACAAGGACAGCACACUCAUCCUCUUUCUCCUUUUCCCUCCUCCACCAGGCGAACAGCAGCUCAAGAAGAAUCAUCAGCUGGCGCAAAGUGGAUGGAGGGAAUGCGUCAGUGGCUCUCGGAUGCGCCUGGGAGGGAGAUAUUGCGCAACGAGCUAGGUGAAGUAGGCCUAGCAGAUCACGCGUUGAACUUAUGGCGAGAAAAAGCAGAUCACGCGUUGAACUACUUUUCUUAGAAGCUGUCAUAGUUCUUCCCUAUGAAGAUGUUGUAUCACAACUAUCGUUCCUACUAUAGGUGUACCUUAUAAUCGUGCUGCUUUUUUCAUUUUCUCGUACUCCACCAUCCCAUCCCCUCUUCUAAUACUCGAGGUUUCCUUCCUGCUCUUGCAUUCGGGACAGGUGGUUGCGGCAGGUUAGCAGCGUUGGCGGCGGACAUAAAGGGCGACUAUCGUGAUCACCUGAUUUUUCACUUCAUUUAGCAAUUUUUACAAGGUUAACCAAAACCAAUAUUAUGAAACAAGAAUAUAGCGUUGAGUUUAGAGGGAAAAAUCAAAAUGUUUUUUAGUUCAGAGGACGACGACGAGUUAUCCGAGAAGGUUUAAGAAAUGAACAAACGGGACAACUACACUUAUUUAACAAUGAAUUAAGCUUACAGUGAUACCAUUACCACUGACAUUUACAACUGCUCUCAACAGGCUUGACCUCCUAUAUUACACUUACUGGAAAUAUUAGUCCACGAUCAUUCUCUUCUGUACUUAAUUUCUUGUCAUCUUCAUAUGUAUGGGGCUUCAAUCAUUUUCUGUAACAAUAUUUCCUGUAACUACUAUCAUCAUACUAGAAUCAAGAUAUCCAACAUUCUACUUCAUAGGAGUAAAUAUCAUGUGAUUUUUUGCCAAAUGUAUCCACGUCUAGGUCUAUAGUUAUAACACGAUGAAGAUGUGUAUUAAAUCUUGCGAAGACCACGGCUACCAACAUAAUUUUAUUACUUGUUCAGACAGCAGGAAAACUGUAAGAAAGUGCAAGUAAUCUUGCUUUAGGGACGUUGUAGUUUUUUAAUGAAUCAAUUUGCAUGAAAUUGAAAAUUGUACCAUUAUUUUGUGACUUAAUACUCGGCGUCAAGUAAAGAGGUAAUUGAGACACAGACAGGAGUUGUUGUGACAGUUUUGCGGUAGCUUUGCUAUCUGAUUUUUCGUGUUGCAGUGAGGUUCAGUACAAGUACUGGUUUUCAGUUUAUCAGUUUAUCCUUAUCUAGCGAAAGCACAACGUUAUAUCAAUCUUUGCUCGUUGUAUCAUUCGAGUAACGACUUCUAAUUACAGAAGCAAGACGAGAUUUCUAAUCUAGAUACUAUGCGAGUAGUUUACCAUUUAUUAUCUAAGAGGACAAAAUAAAAUUAAAAACUUUUUCGCAUGCAGCAUACGCAAAUCAUGCUGAUGCUCAGCAAGCACAGCGCAUGUGUUCCCACAGCGCACUUCGUCGCCGUGGGAAUCGAACGAUGUAAAGAUAAGAGGCGACCUCUUUUUCAUCAGUUGUUGUUCAUCAUAUGCUGUGUUGUACUUCACUUUCAUGACUAUGUGCAUGAGCAUUUGUUGUCGAACAUUGAUGUAACAAUGUUGUUGAGCGGGGGCAUUGUGUAAGUACAUAGUUCAACAGAAGGUACAGGAUACUUGAAAGGCCUCGAAGGUGUUAGUAGAAUACAUAAAAAGAGGAUCCAUGACAUGACAAUCAUUCUGUUCAUAAAUCAACAUGGUUGUACUCGUCACCUUAUCUGCCAGUAGUUUUCCUGGUAGGCCCACACCUAUUAACCUAACCUUAAAUCUGUUGUCCUUGUGGAGUCGCUGUUGAUGUACAGGGGACGUCGGAGGGGCAGUCCGAGCUUUUCUACUCUGAAUCUAGUGGGCAUCACAAACAAGCGGUGGAAGACGGCGACGUUGCCUUUGUCGUGCGAGGAGGUUCCAUUAUGAGCAUGUUGACCAGCAAACUUUCAGGCGCACAAGAACAUAGAUUUGAUAGAAGUGUCUAGGGAGAUAAAGAGAAAGAUGGUUUAGAAAUUUCAUGUUGCACGGAUUGUUGUACAGAGGUGUGGAAGGUGUUGUAUCAAAAUUAGAAGAAUUUUUACGGCAGGACGAGCAGAACUAAGCUGCCUGAUACAUCACAUACCUUAUUUGCAUGGUCGUGGAUCUAAAAUUUCGCAUUCGCUUUUGGGGGUUUUGAAUUUGAUAGAAGUACAUAUCUUUCUUCAAACCAAGAACGAAAGCGACGAACAAACUUGUUUUGAUUCUUCGUCAACAUCCAGAUGAUCAGAUGUCUAUCCACUAUGUACUAGUACUACAAAAGAGGAUCCACUAUGUACUAGUACAACAUCGGCAAUGAAGAUUUUGAUCUUUCAAGAAUGACCGCGACUGGCAUUGAUCAUUCACGAAUAGCACUCACGAAUGGAGGACUAAUUGAUGAGUAAUGAGAUGAGCAUAAUUGUGUAUGUAAAGAUGAUUUUUUAGACGAUGUUAGUUCGUCUAUGUUGG